AACGCACCCUGUUUGCUCCGGAAGUGUUUAAUUUUUUAAUUUAUUUUGUGUGUGAAUGUUAUUGUUGUCAAUGAAGUGAGCAUGGGUUCCUCUACGGUAAAUCGUAUCACAAUAGGAGGUUGAUUUAGCUGUACUCAUGAUGAACUUUGACGGUCUUGACGCUGGGAUGGGUGAGUACCCACCCAGCCUUCACGGGACUCUGGACACGGGGAUGGAGCCCUCCAUGGACCCCCACCUUAACCCCAGUUUACUGCAGGGUGUGGAACUUGACCCAGAGGGGCUUGCCGUGACAGGCCCGGAGCCUGUGCACCUCAUGGAGGGGAUGUUCUCAGAGCUACACAGUGCAGUUUCAGAAGUUGGCAUCCCAGUCACUGCAACACAUUUUGAUCUCCAGGAGGAAAUGCUCUGGAUGGGAAACCACAGAGGUCAUGUGACCUCGUUCUUCGGACCUACAAUGGGCCGCCACUCCUCUUUUCAAGCACAUGCAGCAGAUGACAUCAGACACAUUCAGAGUUUGGAAACAGGCGUCCUGUUCCUUUCCAAGUGUAACCUUAAAUGCCACACUCGUGGGGGCCUUGUUAUGUUUGAUUAUCCGAUGGAGGAAGGAGCCGAUAUGCACAGUCUUCUCAUGACCGAUAACAACACCUUGCUCAUAGGUGGAUUACAAAACUAUGCGGUUGAAUUCGACUUGAAUACCGUUCAAGAAACUCAAAAGUUCACUGUUGAGGUACCUGGAGUGGCAAUAAUGCGUCAAACCGGCCGUUUCUUUUUCUGUGGACACACCUCUGGCAAGAUAACCCUUCGGGACUUGCGUAGCUUCAAGACGGAGCAUGAGUUUGAUGCGUUCUCUGGCAGCCUCUCAGACUUCGACGUUCAUGGAAACCUUCUGGCUGCGUGCGGGUUCUCCAGCCGAGGGAUGAAUGGGUUGGCGUGCGACCGAUUCCUCAUGGUGUACGACCUCCGUAUGAUGCGAGCUGUAACGCCCCUUCAGGUGCAUGUGGACCCCGUCUUCUUGCGCUUCAUUCCGACCUACACGUCACGCCUGGCGAUCAUCUCCCAGACAGGUCAGUGCCAGUUCUGUGAGCCCACUGGACUCGCCAAUGUGGCAGACAUUUUUCACGUCAACACUGUGGGCCAGGUGCUCAUGAGUUUUGAUGUAUCGUCCAGCAAACAAGCCUUGGCCUUCGGGGACUCCGGGGGAUGUGUGCACCUGUGGUCGGAUGCUCCAGAGGUUUCAUUUAAUGAUUACUCCCGGGAGACAGAGUUUGCUCUGCCUUGCCUUGUGGACACGCUGCCUCAGCUGGACUGGAACCACGACCUGCUGCCCCUCUCGCUUAUCCCCAUGCCACUGACCAGCACAGAGCAGCUGCUGUCAGAAUGGUCCACUGCAGUGGCUACACCCAGCCCCAGACGAGCUCCCCCUGUGGACCCAGAAAUCCUGCGCACAAUGAAAACGGUUGGCUUCAUUGGUUACGCAGCAAAUCCUCGUACCCGCCCGCGGAACCAGGUUCCUUACAAAGUUAAAGAUGUGGAGCUUGAUUAUGAUAAUUACAACCAGGUCCCUGAAUCACCAAUUGGGCGUGAUGAAGAGCCACACCUCUACAUGGUGCCCAAAAAAUACAGAAAGGUCACAAUUAAAUACUCCAAACUUGGACUGGAGGACUUUGACUUCAAACAUUACAACAGAACCUUGUUUGCUGGCCUGGAGCCUCACAUCCCCAACGCCUACUGCAACUGCAUGAUCCAGGUAUUAUAUUUCCUGGAGCCAAUCCGGUGUCUAGUGCAGAAUCAUUUGUGCCAGAAGGAGUUUUGCUUGGCCUGUGAGCUCGGCUUCCUCUUCCACAUGUUGGAUUUGUCACGAGGAGAUCCAUGUCAGGCCAGUAACUUCCUCCGAGCAUUUCGUACCAUCCCAGAAGCCUCAGCGCUGGGUCUCAUCCUUGCUGACUCGGAUGAGCAAACUGGGAAGGCCAGACUCGGCCGCUUAAUCCAGAGCUGGAACCGCUUCAUCCUCACCCAGCUCCACCAGGAGACACAGGAACAGGAGGGCCCACAGGCCUACAGGGGAGCCAGCAGCAGUUCUCUGGGUUCCUCUGGGGAGUCCGCCAUCGGGAAACUGUUUGGAUGUGAAGUUGAGAACAGCAGCCUGUGUCGCUGUGGUAAGGAGACGGUCCGCUCCUCCCUCACGCUGCUCUUCACCAUGCAUUACCCUGAACAGAACUCUCAAGAGAAAACUGUAAAGGAAUACGACUUUGCUGAGAUCUUGAAGAAAAGCAUCUGUCUGGAGCAGAGCACUCAGGCGUGGUGUGAAAACUGUGAGAAGUAUCAACCCACAGUGCAGACACGCAACAUCCGAUGUCUUCCAGAUGUGCUGGUCAUCAACUGCGAGGUGAACAGUGCUAAAGAGGCUGAAUUCUGGAAGGUUCAGGCGGAGUACGCCUUCAAUAAGGCCAUGCAGAAAGAGGCGCAGGAACCUGCAAAACCCAAAGAGCCCCCACCCAUGCCCACCGAGUGGUGCUUGGACUCUGGAAUAACAUAUCACACAAACACUGUACGUCCUUGUAGCGGGGAGGACAUAUGCAGCAUGGAGGGCAUCACCUUCGACACGCGGGCGGAGGAUCUGCGACAUGUCUGGAUCCCUCUGACUCUCAAGAUGUCCAUCAGCAAAAGUCAGGGACUGGAGAUCAGCAGCUGGCCCGAAGGAGAGGAGUUAAGUGCUGCUGAAGAGGAGGAGGGCGCCUCUGUUUAUGACUUGGUGGUCACGGUGCCUCAUAUCCUGGACGCUCGCGCAGGUGGGAACUUGGUUGCACACAUCAAGGUGGGAGAGACGUACCAUCAAAGAAAGGAGGGAGUCACACAUCAGCAGUGGUACCUCUUCAAUGAUUUCUUAAUUGAGCCAAUUGACAAGACCGAAGCUGCUCAGUUUGAUGUGAGCUGGAAAGUGCCAGGCAUUCUGUAUUAUGCCAAGAGGAACUACCACACCAAAUAUGACCUCCGCAUUAAAAAUCCCAUAGACGCCAGCGUGCUGCUGACGGAGGCCUCGUUGGCUCGGAAGCAGCGGAAGAGUCACGCCACUUUCAUCCCCCUCAUGGUCAGCGAGAUGCCGCAGGCCAAUGACUUGGUGGGGCUGGACGCUGAGUUUGUCACGCUCAAUCAGGAAGAGGCAGAGCUUCGCAGUGACGGCACCAAGUCGACCAUCAAGCCCAGCCAGAUGUCCGUGGCCAGGAUCACUUGUGUGAGGGGCCAGGGGCCCAACGAGGGGGUGCCCUUCAUUGAUGACUACAUCUCCACUCAGGAGCAGGUGGUGGACUAUUUGACACAAUAUUCUGGCAUCAAACCAGGAGACUUGGAUGCAAAGAUUUCUUCAAAGCAUUUGACCACACUGAAGUCCACGUACUUAAAGCUGCGCUUCCUCAUCGACACGGGAGUCCGCUUUGUUGGUCACGGUUUACAGAAGGACUUUCGGGUCAUUAAUCUACUGGUUCUAAAGGACCAAGUCGUCGACACUGUCUACCUGUUCCAUUUACCCCGAAAGAGGAUGAUUUCUCUGAGAUUUCUCGCCUGGUACUUUCUAGACCUCAGCAUCCAGGGGGAAACCCACGACAGCAUAGAAGACGCACGCACCGCUCUGCAGCUCUACAGGAAGUACCUGGAGCUGAGUCGCGGGGGGGGGAACGACGAAGUGAGGAAGGUCCUGAAGGGACUGUACGAAAAAGGCCGCCAGAUGGACUGGAAAGUCCCGGAAUCGGACACCGGAGAUGGUCAAGGUAGCCCAAAAAGUGCUGCUGUGUUUCCCUCUGUGAUGGGGCUGUGAGCUGCACCGUGACACCUUCCCACUCAACCGUGUUGGCUGACAUCUACUGUAGUUCAGUUAGUGCCAUAUUGUGUACUUAUUUGCAUUUGCUUUGUGUGAAGUGUUUAUGAAGGUCUUUGUUGACUGUACAGUCCACUUCAGCACGGUGACUAAACCCUUUUAAUCAUGUCAACGUUUUUUUACUUUUUGUCCAGGAAAGGUUUUCAGAAAAAAAGUUGUAUGUUAGGAUUUUGGAGCCUUUUAUAUAUA